CACACACACACGUUAGACUGAUGUUAAUAAGUGAUGAAGUGGGACAAAGGUCGUGCCCCUCACCCGUGUCAUUGUGCACGCAGCCGCGGUCGUUCUUGACGUCCACAAACCACGUGGCCUCCUGUCCAUUCGGGCCGUCUUUUACUUUGAAGGCGAACACGCCCCCGAUCUUCUUCACGAACUUCUCGCCCUCCUGGAGAGAAAAUGCAAGGCUUGAGUUUUCAGACGAGGUGGCAAAGUCACGUGAUCACCUCCUGGAGCUUCUUGUUGAUCUCCUGGAACACCGCGUGAGCCUUGAAGCCUUCCAGUCCGUCACCCGCGCUGCACCGCGCGGCCUCGAUCCUCCUGCGUCAAGUGCAAUGAGCAUAGCGUCAAUGACGUCACCGGUCACGGCGGUGACACACGUUAAGGAAACGCCAUUUAAACAAAUCAUGUCGACGCAAUGUUUGAGGAAGCCUGCCGGGUUCAUUCAUUCCAGAGUGGCCGCAUGGAGAAGCUUCUGGAAGCGCGACCACAGCAGCAGAGACGACUUCCUGCACAGGAGCGUCGUGCCCAGCAUGCACUAUCAGAAGAGUUUGCCCAGGUUAGGUAUUCCAAAGCUGGAGGACACCAUCAGGAGGUAUUUGGCCGCUCAGAAGCCUCUUUUAGACGACGACCACUUCCAAACCACAGAAAAGCUGGCUCAGGACUUCCUGACUGGGGAGGGCAAGAGCCUGCAAGAAGAUCUGCUGGCUCAGGAUAAAAGCAACAAUCACACCAGCUACAUCUCUGGUCCGUGGUUCGACAUGUACCUGUCUGCACGCCAGCCGGUGGUGCUGAACUUUAACCCCUUCAUGUCCUUCAACCCCGACCCCCGGAGCGAGUACAACGAGCAGCUGGUGCGUGCGAGCAACAUGGUGUGCUCGGCCGUGCGCUUCAUGAAGACGCUGCGAGCCGGCCUGCUGGCGCCGGAGGUUUUCCACCUCAACCCGGCCAAGAGCGACACGGACGCCUUCAAGAGGUUGAUCCGCUGGGUGCCGCCCUCCCUGUCCUGGUACGGCGCCUACAUGGUCAACGCCUACCCGCUGGACAUGUCGCAGUACUUCCGCCUCUUCAACUCCAGUCGUAUUCCCAAGCCGGGGCGGGACGAGCUCUUCACGGACGAGGAAGGGCGCCACCUGCUGGUGAUGAGGCGAGGCCACAUGUACGUGUUUGACAUCGUGGACCGCAACGGCGAUUUGGUGGAGCCCGCCCAGAUCCAGGCCCACUUGAAGUACGUCUUGUCCGACCAGACGCCGGCGCCGGCCUUCCCUCUCGGGGUGCUGACCAGCGAGAACAGAGACGUGUGGGCGGGGCUUCGAGACAAGCUGAUAGCCGCCGGGAACGGCGAGGAUUUACGCCUCGUCGACAGCGCCGUCUUCUGUCUGUGCCUGGACGACGUGAGCCUCAGCGACCCCGUGCACGUGUCGCACAACAUGCUGCACGGCGACGGCUGCAACCGCUGGUACGACAAGUCCUUCAGCGUCAUCCUCUCCCGGGACGGGAACGCCGCCAUCAACUUUGAGCACUCGUGGGGCGACGGCGUGGCCGUGCUGCGCUUCCAGAACGAGAUUUUCAAAGACACCACAGAGAGGCCCUUGGUGCACCCGGGUUCCGCCCCCGCCCCAGCCGCCGCCGCCGUGCGCCGCCUUGACUUCAAGCUGGACGGCGAGCUGGAGGAGGCCAUCAAGAAGGCCAAGGCCAACUUCGACUCGGCCGUGUCGGAGCUCACCAUCGACGCCAUGCAGUUCAAGCGCGGCGGCAAGGAGCAGCUGAAGAAGAGCAAGCUGAGCCCGGACGCCAUCGCCCAGCUGGCCUUCCAGAUGGGCUUCCUGAGGCAGUACGGCCAGACGGUCGCCACCUACGAGUCCUGCAGCACGGCGGCGUUCAAACACGGGCGCACGGAGACCAUCCGUCCCGCCACCGCCUUUACCAAGCGAUGCUCGCACGCCUUCGUCCGCGAGGCGGGAAAGCACAGCGUGGCGGAGCUGCAGGCCAUGCUUCAACAAUGCUCCAAGUACCACGGGCAGCUCACCAAGGAGGCCGCCAUGGGUCAAGGUUUCGACCGCCACCUGUUCGCCCUGCGCUACCUGGCCGGCUCCAAAGGUCGGCCCCUGCACAGCCUGUACAGCGACCCCGCCUACGCCGCCAUCAACCACAACAUCCUGUCCACCAGCACCCUCACCAGUCCCGCCGUCAACCUCGGAGGCUUCGCCCCGGUCGUGCCCGACGGCUUCGGCGUGGGCUACGGCGUCCACGACGACUGGAUAGGCUGCAACGUCAGCAGCUACCCGGCUCGGGACGUGCGGCGCUUCCUAGAGUGCGUGCACAAAUCUCUGGAGGACAUUUUCUGCGUCGUGGAAGGAAAGUCGCUCAGCUGAGGUCUGCUCCAAAACUACUUUUUUUUUUUUGGUCACAAUGCAGUUUAAGACUGAAGAAUAAUGUGAAAGUCACUCUGCUUUAAAGUUGACAUGUCUGUGAGGUCGUGGUCACAUGACGUCUCAUCACUGGAGCUUUUCUCAUUUGCAGCCUGAAUCAUGUCUUUGAAUGUUUACAAAAGGUUUUUAUGAAUACAUGUGUGGGGAAAUGUAAAUCAAAUAGCUAUCUGCUGAAUAAAAUC